AUCUCGAGUUAGCUGAAGGAGAAGUUUGUUGUGUACUUAAAACUCUCGACGUAGACAAAGCCACUGGUGCUGACAAAAUUCUGGCGGUAUUGCUAAAAACCUGCACAGCUAACAUCAGUCCAUCUUUAUGCGAACUUUUCAACAAGAGUUUAUCUUGUGGAAAACUGCCGUUGGAGUGGAAGUUGUCUAAUAUCAGUCCAAUUCCAAAGAAAAAUCCUUUCCAUGAAGUUUGCAACUAUAGACCAAUAUCACUUUUGUCGCUGGUCUCCAAGGUGUUUGAACGUUGCAUCUACAAUAGAAUUAUUGGCCACCUCUCAAGUCAACUUUAUGAUCUUCAAUACGGUUUUCAAAGCGGCAAGUCUACAACUGCCCAGAUGCUCUAUGUUCUUCACGAGAUUCAUAAUGUCUUAGAGAAAAGGGGCCAAGUUGACACUAUCUAUCUUGAUUUCGCGAAAGCUUUCGACAAAGUCAGCCAUGAUCUCUUACUCGUGAAGCUUCACAAUUUUGGCAUCCGAGGAAAUCUUCUUCGCUGGUUCGGGGACUAUCUUUCUGGGCGAUUAUAGAGAGUCAUUGUUCUUGGUGUAACAUCUGAACCACUUCCAGUGCUUCCUGGAGUUCCUCAGGGAUCAAUCCUUGGACCACUCCUUUUCCUCAUCUACGUGAACGACCUUCCUAUGUCUACCUCGCACGAUACUACCGUGUCAAUGUUCGCUGAUGACACAAAAUGCCACCGUCAUUUUCGAAAUUUCCAAGACACCAUAAUUCUGCAGCAAGAUCUGGAUAGUGUUGCCAACUGGUGUAGUGACUGGAGGAUGGACUUAAACCAAACCAAGUGUGUAGUCAUGCAUUUCUCAAGAAUUGCUCAACCGAUGAUUACACAGUACACAAUAUCAGACACUCCAGUCCUACAAUCAUCCAGUCAGAAAGAUCUAGGCAUAACUACCACUAACGACCUUAAAUGGAACAAACAGGUGCAAGAGAUAUCGACCAAAGCAAAUAAAAUGUUAGGUUUCGUAAAGCGAACGGCGUUCGACAUUCGCCAGCGUAGAGUUCGUAAGGUACUUUAUUUGACUAUGGUUCGUAGUCAGCUGGCUUAUGGUAGUCAGGUAUGGGCACCCCAGACGGUAAACAACAUCUUGACCGUUGAACGUGUGCAGCGACGUGCCACCAAAUUUAUUUUGUCAUUGCCGUACCAAACCGAUAUAUCAUACCAGGAAAGACUGGCCACAAUCGGCAUCAUCCCUAUAUGUUACUGGCACGAGUAUUUAGAUCUAGUGUAUCUCUACAAGUGCAUCAUUUCCAACUCUGACAGUAACAUUUCUAUCAAGAUUCCCACUCGAGAAACACGAAGUACUAAUGCAACCAAUGGUAUCUUGCUUGAAGUAGCCAAGUGCAAGACAGUGAGCUACCAAAACAGCUUCUACGUCAGAGUUGCCAACGUGUGGAAUACACUCCCCUGUUUGAUCAGAGAAACCAACAAAACUGUUGUCUCUUUCAAAUUUUGUUUAAUGCAACAUUAUAAGGAUCUCACCAGGGAAAUUUAUAAUCCUGAGGACCCGAGAACAUUUAAGUCUGUUUGUGUGAAGUGUCAUUCAACUCGCCCAUUGACUAACUUGUCGAAUCGAGCAUGUUGUUAA